AUGAAGUUCUUCAGCAUCUUCCUCGCCUGCGCUGUGGCCAUUAUUGGCCUUGCCAGUGCUUCCCCAGUUACCGGCGAUUCUAAGGACAUCGGUCGUAUCAUCAAGAAGUUGGAAGAUCGUGGUGUUCCAGAGGACAUCAUUGACUCGGUCUUUGACCUGAUGGUCAAGCGCGACGUGGCUACUGAUCCUAUCUGUACUACCUCUGGCACCUACGUUACUGGCGUUACUCCGACCCCUCCUCCUGGCAUUCCCGCCGUUCCUAGCGGUCCAGCCUCCAGCGACAAUACUGGCGUCUCGUGCUCAACUGAUACUGCGACCCUUCCUCCUGGCGCUUCUCCUUCGGUCCCCUCUGAUGCGCCUGGUACGAGUACUUUUACUUCGGCUGUCACUGUAUCUACCACCAGCGAGACUCCUGCGCCUCCCCCUGCCGAGUCGACGCCUCAAGUUCCGCCUACCUCUGAGCACCCUCCUACUUCUAGUACCGAGAUCCCUGCCACUUCUGCGAGCACUGCCGCCACUGAGACGACCGCUACUACCAGCACUUCGACUCACACCAGCACGCACUCUACCUCGGCCUCUUCAUCCUCGCCCCCUGUUGAGUCCACUCCCAUCAGUGGCGCUGGUGUCUCCAAAGUCAACGCUGCCGUUCUCGGUCUCGCUGCGGUUGUCGCCCUCUACUGA